AUGGGGGCGGUGACGUCAUCAAUGGCUGCUAAGUUCGCCUUCUUCCCGCCAAAUCCGCCUUCGUACGGCGUUGAGGUUGUGACUGGAAAGCUGAGGCUGACGGGGGUUGAGAACGUGAAGGAUAACGUUCAAGUGUUGAGGCUCAAGACCAAGAGAGGGAAUCAGGUGGUUGCGGCGUAUAUUAAAAACCCUACAGCCUCACUCACUCUUCUCUAUUCUCACGGCAACGCCGCCGAUCUCGGCCAGAUGUUCGACCUCUUCUCCGAGCUCAGCCUCCAUCUUCGCGUUAACUUGAUUGGGUAUGAUUAUUCGGGCUACGGGAGGUCUACAGGGAAGCCUAGCGAGCAAAACACGUAUUACGAUAUAGAAGCAGUGUAUAGAUGUUUGGAGGAGAAAUAUGGUGUCAAAGAGCAAGAUGUUAUCUUAUAUGGACAAUCUGUAGGAAGUGGACCAACUUUAGAGUUGGCUUCUCGGUUACCAAACCUCAGAGCGGUUGUUCUUCACAGUGCAAUUGCAUCCGGUCUUAGAGUCAUGUACCCUGUCAAGCGAACUUACUGGUUUGAUAUUUACAAGAAUAUCGAGAAAAUAUCUUCGGUCCAAUGUCCGGUUCUGGUAAUUCAUGGGACAUCAGAUGAUGUUGUUAAUUGGUCCCAUGGGAAGCAAUUAUUCGAUCUCUGCAAAGAAAAAUAUGAACCGCUUUGGAUCAAAGGAGGAAACCAUUGCGAUUUAGAGCUAUACCCACAAUACAUAAAGCAUCUAAGGAAGUUUGUAUCGGCUAUUGAAAAAUCACCUCAUCUUAGAAACGGAUCUGUGCUGCAGACAGAGAAGGCCAGGAGCAGUACGGAUAUUAGAGAACCUGCAAGGCCAAGCACAGACCAAAGAGAGAAAUCAAGAACAAGCACGGAUCAAAGAGAAAUGCAGAAACUGACUAUAGAGGGUAAGGAUAAAGCGAGGGAGAGUGUUGAUAAGCGAGAGAGAACGAGAAAAAGCGUUGAUGGGUCUGAGAAACCAAGUAAUGCCAUGGAGCAGCAACAACAACUAGAGAAAGGGAGGAAUAGCAUUGACAGGUAA